UCUCUUCAGGCCGUGCUGCUCUGGUGCCGCCGGGGUGCUGCUUGUUGUGGAGUAGUCUUGGCUGUCUUGUCUUGGGUUUCUUUAACAACAAAAAGGCUUCACCACCAUUGUGGGAGACGGAUUUCACAGCAUGGCUUUAAACCUCACCAUCAACACAAGCAAUCCGCCUCUAGGAGCGCUUUUGACAGCAGAGCACGUGAAGGGCAGUGUGCAGGUGUCGGUGGAGGAAGGCAAAGACACCCGGCUUCACGUCUCAGAUGCGAUCCAGUUCAAUGAUGCCAACUCUAUCAGUCGGUACUUGGCCCGGGUGGCUCCCGCUCUUGGCCUGUACGGAGCCAACAUGAUGGAGCAGACUGAGGUCGACCACUGGCUGGAGUUCAGUGCUCGCCGUCUGUGUGGUCAGCCUGGUUUGAGCGUAGCACUGGGUGAACUGGAUAAGGCCCUUUCCCUGCGGACCUUCCUGGUUGGACAUGCCCUCACCCUGGCUGACCUCUCUGUCUGGGCUGCCCUCAAAGGUCAUGGGGAAUGGCCAAGCCAAGGCAAAUCCUUCUCUCAUGUCAAUCGCUGGUUCUCUUUCCUGAGCACGCAGGUUCCCUUCACUGCUGUGGGCAACAAGUAUGCCAGUAAGAGAGCUCCGAUGAGCAAAUCCAACUCGGAUGAGAAGAAGCAAGAUGUCGGCAAAUUUGUGGAUUUGCCAGGAGCUGAGAUGGGCAAGGUGGUGGUUCGAUUCCCUCCUGAGGCCAGCGGAUACCUGCACAUCGGCCAUGCCAAGGCUGCUCUGCUCAACCAGCACUACCAGGUCACAUUUAAAGGCAAGCUCAUCAUGCGCUUCGACGACACCAAUCCUGAGAAGGAAAAGGAGGACUUUGAGAAGGUGAUCCUGGAAGAUGUUGCUAUGCUCCAGAUCCAUCCGGACCAGUUCACCUACACCAGCGACCACUUUCCUACCAUCAUGCGAUUUGGCGAACAGCUGCUCGCUGAGGGCAAGGCCUACAUCGACAACACGCCUCCCGAGCAGAUGAAGCAGGAGAGGGAGCAGCGCGCUGAGUCCAAAUGCAGAAAUAACACGGUGGAACAGAACAUGAAGAUGUGGUCAGAGAUGAAAGCCGGGACAGAGUUGGGUCAGAGCUGCUGCAUGAGAGCCAAGAUCGACAUGAACUCCAACAACGGCUGCAUGAGAGACCCCACCCUCUACCGCUGCAAGACCACGCCUCACCCUCGCACAGGAAGCACCUACAAUGUCUACCCAACAUACGACUUCGCCUGUCCUAUCGUGGACAGUUUGGAGGGUGUGACCCAUGCUCUUAGGACCACUGAGUACCACGAUCGUGACGAACAGUUCUACUGGAUAAUCAACGCUCUGCGCCUCAGGAAGCCCUACAUCUGGGAGUACGCUCGACUCAACCUCAACAACACAGUGCUGUCCAAGAGGAAGCUCACCUGGUUUGUCGACCAGGGAUACGUUGAAGGAUGGGAUGACCCUCGCUUCCCCACUGUCAGAGGAGUCCUGAGGAGAGGAAUGACCGUUGAGGGUCUGAAGCAGUUCAUAGCAGCCCAGGGUGGAUCAAGAUCAGUGGUGAACAUGGAGUGGGACAAGAUCUGGGCCUUCAAUAAGAAGGUUAUUGACCCGGUAGCUCCCAGGUACACAGCUCUGUCCAGCUCCUAUGUGGUUCCUGUCACCGUCUCACAGGCUAAAGAGGAGGUCAAAGAGGUGGCCAAGCACCCUAAGAAUGCAGAAGUGGGCAUGAAGCAGGUUUGGUAUGGACCUCGAGUUCUGGUCGAGGGAGCAGAUGCUGAAACCUUCUCAGAGGGAGAAAUGGUUACCUUCAUCAACUGGGGCAACCUCAUCAUUACCAAGAUCAACAAGGGGGCUGAUGGUAAGGUUGUGUCCAUGGAAGCUCGUCUGAACCUGGAGAACACCGACUUCAAGAAGACAACAAAGAUCACAUGGCUGGCUGAAACAAACAGUGCACCCCUGCUGCCCACCGUCUGCAUUAACUACCAGCCUCUCAUCUCCAAAGCCGUCAUCACCAAAGACGAUGACUUCAAGGAUUACAUAAAUAAAAACAGCAAGUUGGAGGAGAAGAUGCUUGGAGAUCCCUGUCUGAAGAAUCUGAAGAAAGGUGACAUCAUCCAGCUCCAGAGGCGGGGCUUCUACGUCUGUGACCAGCCCUAUGAGCCAGUCAGCCCUAACAGCUGUAAGGAGAGUCCCUGUGUCCUGCUCUACAUUCCUGACGGACACACAAAGGAGAUGCCGACUGCUGGAUCCAAGGACAAGAGCAAGAGCCAGGCCUCCAACAACAAACCUGCCACCACUGCCAAGGCUGCCUCAACCUCUGCCCCAGCUCCAGCUCCUGCUCCUGCCUCUGCCUCAGCCGGUGACCUAUUCUCAAGCAUUGUAGCACAAGGUGACGCCGUCCGUGAGCUGAAGACUGCCAAGGCUCCUAAAGAAGAAGUAGACAAGGCAGUUCAGCAGCUGCUUUCUCUGAAGGCGCAGUUUAAGCAGCAGACAGGUAUUGACUAUAAGCCAGGCAUGGCUCCUCCCACCUCCACGCAAGCCCCACCCACCACACAAUCAGACUCCGCAUCCUGUCCAUUCACCCGUGUUUCCCAGCAGGGUGAGCUGGUCAGGAAACUGAAGGCAGAGAAGGCACCAAAGGAGCAGAUCGAUGAAGCGGUGAAGCAGCUCCUCGCUCUCAAGGCGGAGUUUAAAAAGCUGACUGGUCAGGAUUACAAACCUGGGAUGGCCCCCUCCGCCCCUCCCUCCUCUGCUCCUUCUGCAACCACUGUCUCCUCUCCUUCCUCCUCUUGCUCUUCCUCGGCCCUGUAUGAGCGCGUUUCACAACAGGGGGACGUUGUGAGGAAACUGAAGUCUGAAAAAGCCCCUAAGGACCAGAUUGAUGCAGCAGUGAAACAGCUACUUGCCUUGAAGGCAGAAUACAAACAGGUCACAGGCCAGGAGUACAAGCCUGGAGCUGCCCCAGUCCAGAACAGCCCCAGCCCUGCCCCCGCUGCCCCUGCUGCCCCCGCUGCCCCUGCUGCCACCGGCCUCUAUGAGAAGGUUGCUGAGCAGGGAGAAAUGGUCAGGAAACUGAAGGCUGAGAAGGCUUCCAAGGAUCAGGUAGAUGCUGCGGUGAAGCAGCUGUUGGCUCUAAAGGCAGAGUACAAACAGCAGACCGGACAGGAUUACAAACCAGGAUUACAAGCCCCAGCUAGCCCCGCCCAGACCCAGUCCAGCCCGGCCUCUACCCAGUCCAACUCUUCCCCGCAGGCUGAGGCACUGUUCUCACAGGUGGCCCAACAGGGAGAGCUAGUGAGGAAGCUGAAGUCUGAGAAAGCCCCCAAGGAUAAGGUCGAUGAAGCCGUGAAGACUCUCCUGGACCUGAAGAGCAAGUACAAGACCCUUACUGGACAGGACUACAAACCAGUGGCUGCUGCUGGAGCCACUGGAGGAGAGGACAAAAACCGCAAGGAGAGGGAGAACAAGUCUGAGAAACAGGGAGGAGGAGGACCAGGAGGAGGGAAGAAGGGUAAAGGAGACAAAGCAAGCCAGGGCUCAGGAGGAGCAGGAGGAGCAGGAGAGGGUCAAGGACCGAAGAAACAAACACGGUUGGGCUUGGAGGCCAAGAAAGAGGAGAACCUUGCUGACUGGUACUCUCAGGUCAUCACUAAGGCAGAGAUGAUCGAGUACUAUGAUGUUAGCGGCUGCUACGUGCUGCGGCCCUGGGCCUACUCCAUCUGGGAAGCCAUUAAAGACUUCUUCGACCGGGAGAUCAGGAAAAUGGGUGUGGAGAACUGCUACUUCCCCAUGUUCGUCUCUCAGGCCGCCCUGGAGAAGGAAAAAACUCACAUUGCAGACUUUGCUCCAGAGGUUGCCUGGGUAACGCGGUCAGGAAAGACUGAGCUUGCAGAGCCCAUUGCUGUCAGACCCACCAGUGAGACAGUGAUGUACCCUGCCUACGCUAAAUGGGUCCAGUCCCACAGAGACCUGCCAAUCAAACUCAACCAGUGGUGUAAUGUUGUGAGAUGGGAGUUCAAACACCCCCAGCCCUUCCUGAGAACGAGAGAGUUCCUGUGGCAGGAGGGACAUACAGCCUUUGCCACUAAAGAGGAGGCAGCAGAGGAGGUGCUUCAGAUCCUGGAUCUGUACGCCAGGGUGUAUGAAGAGCUGAUGGCGAUUCCUGUGGUGAAGGGGAAGAAGACGGAGAAGGAGAAGUUUGCAGGAGGAGAUUACACCACUACUGUGGAGGCUUUCAUCUCUGCCAGCGGCCGAGCUAUUCAGGGUGCCACAUCUCACCAUCUUGGUCAGAACUUCGCCAAGAUGUUUGAGAUCAUGUUUGAGGAUCCAAAGAGGCCGGGUGAGAAACAGCUGGCUUUCCAGAACUCCUGGGGAAUCACAACCAGGACCAUCGGUGUCCUCACCAUGGUCCACGGAGACAACAUGGGACUCGUACUGCCACCCAGGGUGGCCUGCCUGCAGGUUGUCAUCAUCCCAUGUGGGAUCACUGCCUCCCUGCCAGAGCAGGAGAAGGAGGCUCUGUUGGCCCAGUGCUCUAAAUACCUGAGGAGGCUGCUGGGUGCUGACAUCAGGGUGAAGACUGACCUCCGAGACAACUACUCCCCAGGGUGGAAGUUCAACCACUGGGAACUCAAGGGAGUUCCUAUCCGUCUGGAAGUGGGUCCUAAGGAUAUGCAGCAGCGUCAGUGUGUCGCUGUGAGGAGAGACUCGGGUGCAAAGGUAACAAUUCCAGAAGAUGAGGUGGAGAAGAAGCUUGUCGCCAUGUUGGAGGACAUCCAGAACAGCCUGUAUAAAAAAGCGUCCGAUGACCUGAAGAGUAACAUGGUGGCUGUAGACACAAUGGAACAGUUCCAGAAAGAGUUGGACCAGGGCAAGAUUGUCCAGAUCCCUUUCUGUGGAGAAAUUGAGUGCGAGGACUGGAUCAAGAAAACCACUGCCAAGGACCAGGACCUGGAGCCUGGAGCUCCGUCCAUGGGAGCCAAGAGCCUCUGUAUCCCCUUCUCCCCCCUGAAGACUCUGCAGCCGGGUCAGAUGUGUGUCAGCGGCAAGGAGCCUGCACAGUUCUACACCCUGUUCGGACGUAGCUACUAAACACCUGUAGGCUGGAUCACAAGGAUGAACAUCAUAGUAGAAAAGGGCUUUCCUACUUUGUCUCAUUAUUUCUUUUUCCUCUCAUCUCUUGAGUGUGUCGGGUAAUGAGGGUUUGGAGGUUACUGGACUGUGGGAUUUAGAAUUUAACAAUUUUGGGGGGGGGUCUGUUUUGUUUUGUUGUUUUUGUUUGUUUGUUUUUUAUCUUAUGUUCUCAUUGUUAUCAUGCAUCAGGAAGAAAGAGGAGGUGAGAGAAACUGUUUACUCAGAAUUCCAUUAUAAGAGGAGAUGGUUGUCAUGCUGAUUCUCUCCUACAUGACUGACUAUUCUCUAAAGGCCAUGCUAAAAGAGCACUUGCUGUCCAGCAGUGGUUUGUAAAGAAUGGGAAGUACCACCAGAAACUAGGCAAGCAUUAAUUUUUUCCUAUCCUUUCAGAAUUGCUAUUUUUUUAUAAGUACCUACUUAACACCAUCAAGGAAAAAAUCAGAUUAAGUUCGUUUUUGUUUAAGCUUCAGCACUUAUGAAUUGAGUAGGUGUGCGCCCUUUGAAAUCUGGAAAACCACUUGUUAAUAAAACACUGAAAGAAAAUCCUGAGCAGCAUACCAUCUACCGCUGUCUGGGAAAAGUGUUCUCUGCCUGCCAACAGUCCCCCUCUCUUGUAGCCAGACUGUCUCAGGAACUCUGCAGGUACUCAGGCUUGUAUUUGGGGUGUUAUUCUCACAGCUUUAUCAGCCCCCCUCUCUCUGUAUGACUGGUUACAGUACUUGGCUCAUGAUUAACAGCUUAAUAAUACUAAUUCCUCAGCACCACCAGAGCAACAUGCCAUAAAGCUGUGAGGAACUGUAUAUGGUUAAUAAUCAGUAGUGUAGUCUUCUGUCACUACUCUCCUGUUAAAAGAGGUCUCCAACUUGUCUAUAAUAAAGUUAUUUCCAUGGCAAA